AUGGAAAGUACCGACGAUCAAGUUAACAAUAUUGUGACCACCGCCAUGUCAGAUACCUUAGGUGGGUUCUUAAAAGCCUGGAUUUUGCCGAUAACAAAGUUUGCUUUCUAUGGUGGAACUGUAUCAAAAGAGAGUGCUCUGAGAAUGUUCAAUUUCUACCACGACAUUAAAAAAUACCUUGAUACUGACGGUAGUGGCUGGUGUGAACCAAAUUUGGAAGUUCUCAAAACUGUCGCUAUCAAAAUUUCGCCUCCAAGAGUCUCAUACGCAAGAAGUAUGGAAGAUCAGUGUGAUUAUUUAGCUUACUUUGAAAAAACUGACACUGGAUUAAAAGUGCCGACACCAACUAUAACUUGGAAUGAUAAAUUUAGUACAAUGUUCGUUCCACUAAAAAACCAAUCGCUAAUCUCUUUGAAUUCACCAAAUUCAACGAAUGCCCUUUUUAAGUACUAUGACGCAGCCAAAAGUUGUCUAAGUUCCACUAAGCCAGAAGAUCAAGAAGAGUUUAAUAGACGCUUUGAAUCAUGGCUCAUUUUUAACGUAUUACCGCAUUUAAAUGAUGACAAUCUGUAUGUUGGCUUAGGCAAUGUACUUAGCCUCGUUAAUAAGACAAGUGAUUUAUGCGAUAGAUUAAUCAAUUUUUACGAAAAAAAAGAGAGAAAACCGACAACAUCUUCAGAUAUCUGUGUAAAUUUUGCCUCAAAAAAAGUGCUAAUAGUCGCAAUCAUACUCUUUUUAGAAAUAUGUUGGUGUAUUCCCGCCAUGUUUUACGUAAUGUGUUCAAAGAAAAAGAAAAGAAAACGUAAAGGAAAAUAUUUUAAUGUUUGCGUAUCUUAUGAUGAAAAAUCUGUUAAUGCUGGAAGUAUGUUCAGUGGCAGCGUACCACGAUCGAGAAUUUACAACGAGGAUUACGGAGUAAAGCUUUAUCAAAAGCCUCGAUCUCGAAAUCUACAACAUGAUUUAAAUCAGCAUCAGACUCAAAACACUAUGGCCGUUGAUAGUGCAAGCGCGAAGAUUAGAGGUAAAAAAAAAAAAAAUUCUUCCUUAAAUGAAAUCCAAUCAAACGUUGAUAAAUGUUUUAGGCUGCUACGAAAAGAGUCUUUCUGUUACGUCUGUGCAUCUAAUUCUGGCAUAGAAACUAUACCUACCAGGGCCCUCCCAUCAGAAAGCCAGAACAAAAUCGACAACUUAGCACCUACCAAAACCGUAACUUUAUUUAAGAGGAAUGAUCAGAGCAAAAAAUAUUCUAAAGAACUUCCAACGAUAGAUGUUAAUACAAAAAAACAUCACAGGUAUAAAAAAGAAAUUGAGAAUCGCGGUUACAAAAAAAGUAAAAAGAUCAUAUCUAUCCCGGCUCAGUCUCGGGAAACAAAAGCAAAAUAUACGUCCAAUACCCAACCGAAGGACUCGAAGAAUUCUGUUAUUAAGGAUUUAAAAAGUUGUACUAAAAAUGAAAAUCAUAAUGACGAAAUUAAUAAGCAGAAAAGCAUCGAUGAACAUAUUGCCUGCAAAUAUAAUAGCUUUAAAUCAUAUCAAAUCGAAAAAGAAUAUUCAAAACAACAGAAAUUGAAAUUAUCUAACAAAGGCGUCGAAUCGAAUGUCGAAAAGCCAUACUUGGAAUUAAAAAUUGAACGACAAGAAAAUGAAAGAAUUCCAAGCUUACUUGAUCUCAAUGAAAAUAAAUAUACUGUAACGACAAUAAGUGAAACCACUUUUAAAAAAUCAUCACAUUCAAUCCAUGAAACAAAAAUAGAAAUAAAAGAAAGAUCGUUGAGCGAAAUUGACGAUGGAAAUGGAAUUCGGAUGUCGAAAAAUAGUGUUUUCGAUGACAGUCAUGUAGAAACUAGAAAGGCUAAAAGUUGUGGCAAAUUAAAUAUAAGUAUUUAA